AUGAGAAUAUGCCAUGUUAGUGGUCAUGACCAAAGCAAAAAACAUCAGCGGGCAGUUACCCGUGCUUUGGAGUGUGUGGAAGCAGGAAACUCAGAUAGCACUGCUCCCCCUGAAAACUCAGCUUUUUCACUAGAGAACAUCACAGGAGCCACUGAAGAUGAUCAUCUUGAAGUCCCUAUCGGCGAUCUGUGGGACAGCACAGUUACCGAACACACAAUCGGCAGUGACUACUAUGAAGAAAUACUGGCAGCACUCCGACGAGGAGAAUCGUUAUUCUCAUGUCCCUUGGAACCUCUCAUGGAGGAGAUUGGAGUAGAACUUGACAAUGAUCUCGCUAUCGAGGAAUGUAUCACACAACUCCUAUUCAGCUCGCCUCACACUCGGUUUUUGGAGGCUCAAAAGAGGGCCGUUCUGGACUGGGCUACUGCACUUGGUGCUAAAGAUGUUCCAACACUGUACAGUAUCAAGAAAACUCAAGACCGUAUCCGUGACUUAGUGGGAAAUCCAACUGAAAAGGUUUGCACAAAGUCGGGCACUGUGUUUUACCUCAAUUCUGUUGCAAAAGCAAUCACAAAGGAUUAUGGCAAUCCUCUUACACAGUCCGCCAUGCGGGAUUACCCAGAAGAAGGAGAUGGAAGGAUGUCGCAAGUUCAUCACAGCUACAAGAUGAUGCACGACCUCCCUGAUGACCUUUCCCCACCUACAGUCCGUGUGGGAAUCAACAUUUUCUUUGUUGACGAGCUCCUUCAACUGUCGUCCAUGGAAUAUUUCAUUCCAAAGAAGUUUUUUGAGGCGAAGAUAACUCCUGACAACAACGCUCAGACAUUGGCCUUAGGUCACAUUGUUGUGCAGACUGACGCAGGAUUUUCUGUGGAUCCCGAGCGCGUGCUCACUCCAGUCUUGUCAUUUGUACGGACAUUUGAGGAUAUUAAAGGCCAUGCAACUGAGUUCGAGUGCGGUUUCACAAGUUUCAUGGUGCUAACAGUGCCACUCAUCGUCUUCAUGGAUGAUGUCUCAGGGAACAUCUCAAAACAGUGGAACAAGCAUCAUGUUGUAUACAUGUCGAAUGCUGCUUUACCUCAUGAGAUGCUGGAGAAGGAGUUUUGUGUGCGCUUUGUCUCAUCCUCACCUCAUGCCACUCCAAUGGAACUCAUGUGUGGCUUCAAGGAAUCUAUUGUUGCUGCAGCGAGCGAUGGAAUAAUCACUUGGGAUUGUAAGUACAAUGAUGAGGUGAUGCUUGCGGAGGUAUGCAGCCAUGGUGGCCUUAAAUGUAACUACUUCUGCAGAACAUGUAAAGUUGGCGGUACGACUGUGGAGAAAAAGUCUGACAAUGGUUACCUCAAAAUUUUCAAGUGUGGUGAACUUCAAACACCUGAAGGCACAAAGAUGGAUAUUUUGAAGCAAAUCGAGCUUUCAAAACUCUCUGGUGGUACAGAGAAGGUCAAGAAUGCUGUCAGCUUGACAGUCAGUCAUUUGCUCGAACUUGGCAAGCGACUGCGAAAACGCCAGGCUGGAAAACCCAUCAUGUCAGAAGAAGAUGUCCGAAGGCAGCUUGAACAGGAGUUCGAAGACAUGCUUCAUGGAUCGCCCCUUGAAGAUCACCUCAAUCCACUACUUGGUAUGCCUGGUGUCAACAUCCACCAAGACACACCCACGGAGAUUCUUCACACCAUUCUUCUCGGCAUCGUCAAAUAUUUCUGGGGUCAGACUGCUUGGAUACUUGACAAGGGUCAUCUUCUUGACACUUUCGAAGCGUGA